GUUGAUUUUUUUAUUAUUUUGGCAAAGUGUUUAGUAUUCUCUUUUGAUUGCUUUUGAUUCUUUAUGCAGAUUUUUCUCAGAAUGUUGUCCUGUUGUAGAAUUGAAAAUAUAUGAAUUUAGAGAUUUAAUUUCAAAGUGGCUCAUCCUUGUAUUCUGUUAUUAAAAUAGUGGUACUUGGUUAGUGUUUACCAGUGUUUACAAUGUCCAAAGAAAAUAAAGCCUCUUUAAAAGAGGCACGUGAAUUGUUUAAGAAGAAUGAAUACACUGACGCUGUAAAGUUGUGUAAGAAAAUAUUGAAAGAAGAGAAAACUAAUUAUGGAGCACUGGUUUUACUUGGAGCUGCUAUGCGCGAGAUUGAAACCCUUAAACCGCAAACUCCAGUGCCGCUUAAAAAAGCGACUCAAAUUCAGCCAGAUAAUCCUGUGGCUUGGCAAGGUCUAGUUGCUUUUUAUGAAAAAGAAGAGGACAGUCCUGAAAAUUGGAUGGAAUUAAUUCCAGCGUAUUGUAAGCUUCUAAAGCUUGAGAGUAAUCCCGCUAAGAUUGAACAUUUUCUGAGCAACCUCGAGAAGUUCGUAUUACAGUUAAAAGAUGAUAAAAUACUGGACAGCGUUAUUUCGGAUCUGCGUCAAUUGAAUGAAACUUGGAGCGAAGAGAGAGUAAAGCUGAUUAAUUCAACUCUAGUUUCAAUUCUCACACAAUAUUCCAAACUUCCCAGUGAAUAUGAAUCUCUUCUCGAAAGCACGCUUCUAUGUAUACUUAAGGAAGGGGAUAUUUCAAACAAACACGAGUAUUACAAAAAGUAUUUACGAAUACUUUACAGAGUGGAAAAACUGUCGUUAUUAUUGACGGAGGCUGUGAAGAUGCACGAAUAUUUUACUCAGGAUAUUUAUCCACUGGAGUGGAUUUGCCGCGUUUAUUCUGAGCAGAGUAUUUCCAAUGGCCACUGUGAUGGAAUAGAAAUAUCGCCCUUUUUUGAGGCCUUAUUGGCAUUACAUGCAGAAUCGGAUCUUGCAUUCAUGGCAAAAGGAGUCCAUCUUCACAAAGUUGGUAGACUUUUAGAGUCGCGAAACGUUCUCAAUUACGUAAUUUCUUCAAAACCCAAGUGGAUUCAUCCUUGGAUUCUCUUGGGUGAAAUAAAUUUAAAACUUUGUUGCUGGGAAGAAGCUGAAAACGCUGCUGUACACGCUCAAAAACUUCUGCAGGAUAAUGCUCAUAAUAAUUUACACCACAGAAUUAAUCUAGUUCUCUUAGAAGCUUUAUCUAAAAGUGCCAACAAGUACAAAUGGGAAGAUGCAAUUCGAAAGUGUAACGAAUUGUUGCCUCAGUCAUCUACGAAACGCCAAUUGAUUAUUACUCGUGCUUACGUGAACUUAGGCGAUCCCAAAGCUCAGGAAAUACUCGAUAAAUUAAGCAACGAUCCUGAAACAAAAACAGAAGCAGCAAUACUGAGAGCGAUUCACUUGAAAAAUGAGCACAAUUUAGAAGAAGCAGCGGAUGUUCUUGGUUCUGCUUUAGAAACACCUGAAGCAUGGCUGACUUUGGGAAAGAUCCACUGGGCAAUGUCUGACUUUGGUCACAGUCUGAUGGCAUUUUUGAAAGGAAUACAUGCCGAUCCUUACAACUGGGAGUGUUUUGUGUAUCUCGGGCACUAUUACAGAGAACACGGGGAUGAUGUUGAGCGAGCGAGAAAAUGUUAUCAGAAGGCUUUGCAGAUUAAUUCUAAUUCGGAAGAAGCUGGUAUUGGAUUAAGCACGGCCUACAGACUUCUAAAAAGCAGCGACGCUAAUGUGCAACUACUGCAGAAAUUAACUGCACAAGGCAGCGGGCCAAAAUGGGCUUGGCUUCAAUUGGGAUUGCAAUUACUGGAUCGCGAUGAAGUUUCCCAAGCAAUUCCCGCUUUGCGAAGUGCCAUUAAAAUAGAUCCAAACGACAACCACACAUGGGAAUGUUUAGCAGAUGCUUAUUUAGCUCGGGGAGCGCACCUCUCUGCCCUAAGAUCUUAUGAACGUGCUUUUGAAUUGAAUCCCGAAUCCUUUUACCCAUUGAUCCAAAUGGCCAACAUCAAACUGUUGCUAGGCCAACAUACCGAAGCGCAAGAAAAUUUCAAAAAAGUAUUAGCUCAGGACGAAAAUAACUUACCCGCCCUGAAAGGUUCGGCCGAAACUUAUUUAGGUCUUGCUAAUGAGAAUACUGUGAAUCAACAACUCGGGAGAGCAAGAGAUAACAUUCAGGAAGCAGUAAAUGAUUUAAUGGAAGCAAUUGUAGUGGGCAGUAAGUUUUCGUGUAUAUGGAAACUGUUUGGUGAUGCCUGUUAUAAAGUAGCAGUCAUGCCUGAAUGUUAUUGCUUCUUAAGAGUUGUACCAGGAAUCGUGAAAUUAGAAACCUCACAGGAACGUGUGACGAUCAAGAGAGAAGAAUUAUUUCCACUAGCAGUAAGAUGCUAUUGUCGAGCGCUGCACCUCUCAAAAGAUUCUCCCCUUCUCUGGCACGACUUGGCUUGUUCUUAUUUAGCACAACUAAAAUUUAGUCUUCCAAUAAAUCGAAAAAAUGUAGCUGCAAAGUGUCAAGCGGCAGCGAAACAUGCGAUUAAACUCUCUCCUUCUUCUUGGAUUCAUUGGAAUCUUCUUGGAGUUAUUUGUAUGACCGAAGAGGUAAAAAACUACGCACUUGCUCAGCAUUGUUUCGUGACGGCAAUCGAUGAGGAAGCGAAUAACGCCGUUUCGUGGACGAACUUAGGCUCCUUAUAUUUACAUUUAGGGGACAUUUAUAGAGCCAAUGAAGCGUUCUCUUGGGCUCAAAGAGCAGAUCCUGCCUAUGCUAAUAGUUGGAUCGGUCAAGGAAUAAUCGCGGAGAAAUUAGCAAGGAAAGAGGCUAUGGAUUUAUUCAGACAUGCUACGCAACUUGGGUAUCAUAACCAAGCUGCUCUUGGAUAUUGUCACUGGGUUUUGACUACGCUCUUAGAUUCCGAUGCAAAGAAGGAUGAGUUGUAUGAGUAUAGUAUCAAAAAUAUGCACGCUAUUCCUGUGGCAAUGGAUGAAAUCCAUCGAUAUCUCAUUCAUUGUCCGAAUGAUGCAUAUGCACGUAACGCUUAUGGUCUUCUCUUGGAGCGUCAGAAACUGUACAAGUCCGCGGCUGAGCAGUUUUCAGCUGCUUUGGAACACACUUCUGACGACGCGGCGAAAGAUGCUGUGUUGGUGAACUUGUCACGAAUAAUGCUAGUGCUUGAAAAGUAUAUCGAAGCUAUUGAAACUUCUUCAAGCGUCAAGACUCCCACAUUUAAAUCUCAUUGUCAACUGGCUUUAUCCUUAUUCAAAGCCGAACGUUACAAGGAAUCUUACUCCACCUACGAAGUUGUUCUCCAAUGGUUCGCCGAUUCAGAGUUACAGAGAGCCCAUGUUUUAUGUGCGAUGGCAGCAAUGGCCAGCAUGUUCCAAGGAGUCGAUGACGUAAAAACUCUUCUGUUCCAAUGCAUCGAAAUCCAACCACCGGCCGUUUCCGGGUUACUUGCUGCCGCUGCCUUAGGCUUACUUCACAAUGAUAAACACUUAACAGCUUUAGUAUUAAAGGAACUUGAGACAUACGAAGACCACGAAGAUUACAGACAUCACAUAGCUUUACUGUCCGCUUAUUUGUGUCUCACUCAAAACGAUAUUGGAGACGCUGUCAGAGUCGUUUCUAAAUUUGUUCACAAGCAUCCAGGUGAUGAGAGACUCUGGACGACAUUAGCGAGAUUUUUACUCGAAAUAAACGUAAAAGCAUUUGGAAAUUGUGCUCAAAAAGCUCUAGUUUUGGGAAGAAGUACUUCCACGCAUCACAUUGCACAAAUCGCCUGUAUAAAAGCGCUAAGCGAUUUAAUCACGACACAUGGUAAUCAGGAAGGCAUCAGGUCAGUUUUGCGGGUUGUUCACUCAUUCCCGGCGAGCGUUGAGAGCUGGUCAAAUCUCAUUGCGGCUCUGUUGCCACGAUGUGCGAGCCCUGAUUCAAAACAAAGUGCUCACUGGCUCACAGUGCUUUGUUCCGUCGUCAGAAAAAGUAUAUCGAACACAAAUGUCUCAACCAAGUGGCUCCUACAAAACGAGGAAAGAGCCAGUAUGAUUGCUGAUAAAGUAGCAGCUGCCUACAUCUACCGAUAAUGAAAGUAUUAAAGAAGUUGUACAGUUUACUAAGCAAAAAUGAAUCCGUAAUUUGUAUAUGUAAAACACAAGCAAUGGCAUAAAAA